AGAAAUACGGAACAGCGACGCGGCACAUGCGAUUACUCUCUCUCUCUUGAUCGAAGGCGAAAGAGCGAAAGGCAUCUCUGUAUCUCAUUCUGGUUCUCAACGUCUCUCUGAGCAUUAAGUAGAGGAAAAGACUACUAGUUGAUGGAUUCAGGAAUCGUAAUUCCUUAAUGAGGUGCUUAAGCUGAGUGCUGAGUUUGAAUUGUCAGUUUUGUUGCUGUACCAAAAAUGUCAUGUGAAGAAAUUUUGAAGGCUGUCUUCCCAUUCUUGGAGGGCACUGACCUUGCUACAUGUAUGUUAGUUUGCAAACAGUGGUGCGAGAUUGCACAAGAUGAUUACUUCUGGAAGUGUCUAUGUGCAAAGAAGUGGCCAUCUAUAUGCAAACGUCCAUCCCCACCCACUGUAACCUACUACAAAUUAUUCCAGACAUUUUACAAGCACAAGAAUCGCAGAAUCAUUCUCCCUCCUAAACUGUCUUUCAACGAAUUGGAAUUCUACAUUGACAUUUGGGCUGACAACAAGAUAAUAUUCUCAGAAGUGGUGCCAGGACCUGUUCUCCAAAAGGGGACAUGGAUUCCGCCACCCGGUAUCUGCGAUGUGCUAAGGUUUCAUCUGGAAGGGCCAGAAUACAAGAUGACUCUUCCUGUAGAACCAAGGUUUACAGUCCCUUUGAGCCAGACAGUCAGUGUUUCUGUGCUUGUGGGGCGGAAAGAUAAGAACAAAGUUGCUUGUAUCAUUAACAAAUCCAUUUUCGAUUACGUAGACCGAACAGCAUACCGGGCUCUGGCAUACGACUAUCUCGAGUUCUCCUCUCCAGUUUGCUUAUUCGUGUCUGGCAUUCGGGCAUGGAUAUCCUUGCUCUUCAUGGACCAUGGCACCGAGGGGGUUAGCGAUGUGGUUAUUGAUGUUUUUGGUAUUGAAAUGGAUUUCUGUGAUGCUGCCAAUUCAGAAGAAGAGGUUCUGUGGCUACUUGACAUGCUGGAUUGGAAGUGAUGUUCAAUGGGUUUCUGGUUUCUUGAAGGACUUCGUUUUGUUCCUUUGUUACAAUCUAAAUGCCUGUACAUAUUUUGUGCUCUUCUUGAUUGAUGUUAUUAUGUGGGCAAUAACUGUGUACAAGAAGUUAAAAGACUUUUUCUCUAUGUUUUUAGUUCAUGCACAGUUCUAGUGGUUCUAAAGAAACGCAAAAUGUAUGCUUGUCAGACCAAUUUCUUUAUCAAUGAUGCAAUAAAAAUCUCAAUUUCCUUUUGA